AUGCCUACCUCGACCUUCGUCCACCUGACUCGCGCCAAACGGCACAAGAGCAAUCCGCCAGUGGUAUCGGCCACAUCGACACCGCUUCGCAUCCGGGUCGGCACCGAGGACAUCGAGCUCACCUCGGCCUUCAAGGGCUACUCGCCCGCCGUCCACUUCCUCCGCCUGAUCCAAGAGGACGGUCUAGAGACCGGCGUCUUGCAGCGGCUGAUGUGGAGCCUGCCUUCGUUUCAAGCCCCGUCGGUCCUGCUCGACAUCUUCUUCCGCGACAUCAACGCAGCAGUCCUCUCCAUCGACGAGUUCUGGCGGUGCCGAAUCUCCGAAUCGCAGCUGUUGAAGACGGGUAUUGAGCGCUCAAUGGCCAGCUUGGGCUGA